AUGGCGUCACUCACAGAAAUUCCGAUCGUGGCCAAACUUGUCGACAUCCCGCUCGUGUCAACCCUCGCUGCCCAUCCUUACAUCACCGCCGCGCUCGUCGCCCUAGUCGUCGGAUAUCUCUACCUCUUCCCCUACACGGAGCGGCGGUAUGGAAUUUACAACAUCCCCGGUCCGCCUAACCCGAGCCCAUUCUGGGGCAACCUCAAAGAGGUGAUAGGUGCUCCGCCAAACGCAAAGCACGAGGAGUGGUUCCAACAGUACGGCAAUGUUGUCCGCUACAAUUUCCUUAUGGGCGGGCAGCGCUUGUCAUCAGUCGAUAUGGGAUUCAUCGGACACGUCUUGCAGCACAAUGACGACUUUAUCAAGCCCAUCCGCGCCCAAGAGAUGCUCGAACGCCUGCUAGGUAACGGCGUUCUCAUCGCCGAGCACGCGGCUCACCGUCGCCAGCGCCGCGUGCUCAACCCCGCGUUCUCAGUCGCCGCAAUCCGCGACAUGGUCCCAAUCUUCUACGAUAAGAGUUACGAGUUACAGCGCAAGCUUAUCGACCUCAUCGAAGAGCCCUCGCAGGACGACCAGGCCUCACCCACGCCCGCCAAGCCCGAGGAUGUCGUCAAAGGCGCGCGCAAGAUAGACGUCAUGCGCUACUUGGGUGCCGCGACGCUCGACGUCAUUGGUCUUGCCGGGUUCGACUACGACUUCAAUGCGCUCCACGACAACAAGAAUGAGCUUGCCGAAGCCUUCCGCACCAUGUUCUCGGCUGGCAUGGGUGUGUCGGCGAUGAAUGUGCUGCAGAACUUUAUCCCAGCCUUGCAGCUGAUCCCCACCAAGUCUAGGGAGGCGACGCGUCGCAGCCGUGCCAUCACCGUCCGCAUUGGCAAGGAACUCAUGGACAACAAGAAGAAGGCUGUUCGGGCCCUGUUCGCUGGCGAGGUGGAGAAGGGCUCGGACAUUGGCAAGGACCUCCUCUCGCUCGUGAUCAAGGCGAACAUGGCUUCUGACCUUCGUCCAGACCAGCAGUUGACUGAUGACGAGGUGCUCGCGCAGAUUACCACCUUUAUGCUUGCCGGCAACGAGACGUCGUCGACUGCACUUACUUGGCUUCUUUACCGCCUCUCCAUCCACAAGGAUGUCCAGGACCGACUGCGUGCCGAGUGCCAGGCGGUACCAACGGACCGGCCGAGUAUGGAGGAAAUCAACGCACUCCCGUUCCUCGACAAGUGCGUACACGAGUCACUGCGCUUUGACAACCCUGUUGCGAACACAAUUCGCGAGGCAGUCAGCGACCAGGUGAUCCCCCUGUCAGAGCCGGUUAUGGGUCGCGACGGCAAGUUGAUGAGCGAGGUCCACGUCAAGGCUGGGACGACGAUUUUCCUCCCCAUCAUGAACGUGAACCGCAGCAAGGAAAUCUGGGGCGAGGACGCGGACAAGUUUAACCCAGACCGUUUCGGUGUUGGUGGUGUCCCGCACAAGCACGUCCCAGGCGUGUUUGGCAACCUUCUCACAUUCCUUGGCGGCGCGCGCAACUGCAUUGGAUACCGGUUCGCCCUGGUUGAGAUCAAGAUGAUGCUCUUUGUGCUCAUGCGCUCGUUUGAGUUUGACCAGCUGCCAAGCAAGCCGGAAUACGAGGCCAAGUCUGCGAUUGUGAUGCGGCCCCGCGUUGUUGGCGAGGAGGAUGCUGGACUUCAAAUGCCGCUGCUUGUGCGGGUGCUGGAUCAGUGA